AUGAAAUCAAGUUUACCGGAGAAUCGAGUGGGUGAGAAGGGAGGUCCAGAAUCAUCCUUGCUGUUGAACAGUUUUUCAACGGUUGUCAUGCAGUCAACAUAUUGGAGAACAGCUGAUGAUAUUGAAUCCAUUGUGGAUAUUCCAAUUCAGGAUCCGCCAGAGGAGGAUUUUUCUUCUGCUGAUUUAAGUUGGACCAAGUUUGGCUCUUCUGAGCAUCAUGAUGAUGUAGCACUCAUUCCUUAUUCACGAGUUGAUUCAUUUAUAAUUGGAGAGUGCUCUAAUGUAGAAUGCCCAACACGGUUUCAUAUUGAGAGGGGAAGAAAACGAUCUAAGGGCAGCUUGAAGGAGUACAAGAACGAUGCAUAUUUGGAAUAUAGGCUGUAUUGGUGUUCAUUUGGUCCUGAAAAUUAUGGGGAAGGUGGUGGUGUGUUACCUAGUCGAAGAUAUCGACUUAACACCAGAAAUCGUGCUGCCAGACCUCAGUCCAUGCGAGGCUGUACAUGCCAUUUUGUAGUGAAGAGGCUGUAUGCUCGUCCAUCACUUGCACUCAUUAUAUAUAAUGACAGGCGUCAUGUCAACAAGUCAGGUUUUAUCUGCCAUGGGCCCCUUGACAGAGAUGCCAUUGGCCCUGGAGCCAAGAAAAUUCCUUAUAUUUGUAAUGAGAUUCAACAGCAAACAAUGUCUAUGAUCUAUCUUGGCAUUCCUGAAGAGAGUGUGUUAGAGAAACAUAUUGAGGGUAUUCAGCGAUACUGUGGUUCAAAUCCUAAUGUCAACACUCUGGCUUCUCAGUAUGUUCAAAAACUUGGGAUGAUCAUUAGACGGUCUACCCAUGAGUUGGAUCUAGAUGAUCAAGCUAGCAUUCGAAUGUGGGUUGAACGCAAUAAGAAAUCUAUUUUCUUUUAUCAGGAUUCAUCAGAAACAGAUCCUUUCAUUCUUGGUAUUCAAACUGAAUGGCAGUUGCAACAAAUGAUUCGUUUCGGUCAUCGCAGUCUCAUGGCAGCUGAUUCAACAUUUGGCAUAAAGCGACUUAAGUAUCCCUUGUGCACACUUCUUGUUUUUGAUUCUAGACAACAUGCACUCCCUGUUGCAUGGGUCAUCACACGUAGCUCUGCUAAGCCUGACGUGGCUAAAUGGAUGAAAGCUUUACUUGAUCGUGCUCAGGGCAUUGAAAUUGGAUGGAAAAUCAGUGGAUUUCUCAUUGAUGACGCAGCGGCUGAGAUUGAUCCCAUAAGGGAGAUAUUUUGUUGUCCUGUCUCCUUUUCCUUGUGGCGUGUUCGUAGAUCAUGGCUUAGAAAUAUUGUUAGAAAAUGCAGUAAUAUUGAAAUUCAGCGGGAAAUUUUCAAGCAACUAGGAAAUAUACUGUACAGUAUAUGGGAUGAAGGUGAUGCUUUUGCUUCCUUGGAAGAAUUAAGUCAGGAUUUUGUUGAUCAAACUGCCUUUAUUGAGUACUUCAAAGCCUCUUGGGUACCUAAGCUCGAGAUGUGGCUUUCAACAAUGAAAACUCUUCCACUGGCUAGCCAGGAGGCAUCUGGUGCCAUAGAAGCUUAUCAUGUGAAGCUGAAAGCCAAACUAUUUGAUGAUUCACAUCUUGGUGCACUCCAGAGAGUUGAUUGGUUAGUACACAAGUUGACGACUGAGUUGCAUUCAAGCUACUGGCUUGAUCGGUAUGCAGAUGAAAGUGAUUCUUUUCAAAAUGUUAAGGAGGAAUAUAUUGCAUCUACAUCAUGGCACCGGGCACUGCAAAUUCCGGAUUCUGCAGUUACCUUGGAUGAUAAGGAACAUCUCUUUGCAAAGGUCUUGAGCCAGAAAGACAGCAGCCUGACACAUCUUGUGUGGAACCCUGGUUCAGAAUUUGCUUUCUGUGAUUGUGCAUGGUCAAUGCAAGGAAACAUUUGCAAGCAUAUUAUCAAAGUCAAUAUGAUGUGUGCAAGUUGUGAAGGAUAUAAACCUUCCAUGUCUUUUCAGUCAUUAAAAGAUGUAUUAAUAAAUCUAUCGAAAAUACCAAUGGACGACUCAGUUGCUCUAGAUCAGUCUGUGGCGUGGACUCACCAGAUGCUUGAUCAAAUUAAACAACUGGUUGAACUGAGUCGUUCAAAUAAUAUUGGCGCAGUUGUAAGUAAUCUGCCUCUGAAAUGGGUUUUGAAGAAAGGCAGGACAUUUACUGGUAUACCAUCAUCUACUCUGGCUCUUCCCUUGGCUUCUGAUACUAGUACACAGAAUGCCACUGCACGUAAAAAGAACCGAAAGAGAAAAAGACUGUCUCGACUAAGAUGAUUGCAUGAAUAGGUAGAUAUACAAUUCCUUCAUGGAUAAUUUUGGCUCCUGAAAAUUGAGGUUUUCUGCUUAACAACCAUAUUCGAUUUUGAUGUGUCCGGCUUAUCAUCAUAACUCUCUUCCUGGUUGAGUUUUAUCUUUGCCCGAAAUCUUAUGUUCUAUCAAGGAUUAGUGAACACCUUGCCACCACCAAUGUAGAUUGUUGAAUGGUGUGGUUUUUGAAUGGUCGAAAGUGUAAAGAUGCAGUUGAGGAGACUAAAGAUUUGGAUACUGAUGUUGUUUGCACAUUCAUCUUUGGGAAAAUUCUUGUGCGAUCGCAAUUGCCAAUAAGGUAGCUUUCAGGCUCUGCUUCAGACUUUAUAAAGCAAUCAAGAGCAUUUAACAUUUGUUUUCUUCGCCCAGUUCCUUGUGCUUAUGCCUUUUGGUAUUCUUUUUUUUCUUACCUCGAAUAUGUUUCAAUUCCGAGAAGGAAAAAAAAAAAAAAAAAA